CUAACAGUUCACUCAUCGGGUCAGGCACGAGGUCACUCGAGUUUAAACAAAGCAAAAAAGACUGAAAGUUUCGAGAAAGAAGAGGAGACGUAUUUGAUUAACCUGUGGGUAUCAUAUCAUGAACGACUCGAAAGCAAAGAUUCGCGAAAAUACUGGGCAAAACUCGUCGACGAACUGAACAAUAAAUAUAACAACAACAGACCUGUCGAUAAAUGCAAACGCCGUAUUAAAUACCUGAUUGAGAAAUAUAAGGAAAGAAAGGACUGGAAUAAGAAGCAAUCGGGGGGAAGUUUGUGGAAGUCUCCAUACUACGAUGAGAUCGAUGCUGUUUUGGGAGUUCGAGAUGUCGUCGAGCUGGAGCGUGUUGGAGAAGCCGGCUCUUCAAGCAUGGAUGACAAGCCUGACGAUUCUAGUUCCCCAAGUUCUUCUUCAGACUCGCCAAAAGGAACCCUUGACCCUAAAGAAACCCAGGAAAAGCGCGUAAAAAGGAAAAGAUCGAAGGCAGCCGCUAACAAGAGGUUGGCAGAAGGUGAAAGGGAGGAUAAAUUGCUUAAAACGAUGACCGAUCAAGGUGACCGCAUGGCCCAGGUAAUAAACAAUAUGCAAGACGCACAAGCCAAACAAAUGGAAGUUAUGAACGGCUUCAUGAAAGCUAUGACCGAACUAAUGGCUAAGAAGGCUCAUGACCAAGUUUGAAAACAUUUGUGUAUU